UGCUUGUCGUGCAUGUGAGCCUGUAAAGCCUGGCAAAAUUGGCUUCCUGGCGCGGGAAGCAGCAGGUCGUAUUCGGCACGAGUUGGGAGCGAUUGCGGCCUGUGAAAGAGCUACAAAACCCGCGGCGUCCGUACCUGAAUUGAUAUCCUAUCCUCAGAUCAAGUUUCCAGCAUCUCGCUUUACAAUCCGAACACUCGCUCAACUACCGUCGUUCACUAUGGUCGCUACUCAAUUCCUCGUUGCUAGCUUUGUUGCUGCCGCCAGCGCUACCAGCCUGGUCGCACGUGAGGAUGCCUACUUCACCUCUCUCUUGAAGCGUCAGGAGCCUGGCACUCCUGCCUACGCAUGCCACGAGGACUGUGGCACUGCUAUCACCCUCUCCCGCGGAUCAGACCCUUGCAACAACGCCGACUUUGUCGAGAACUACAACAACUGCCUCGCCUGCGCCGGCCCAAGCAACUUCAACAUCUGGCGUUACUAUGGCGGCACUCUGAGCACUGCUGGUGCUGGAUGCGGGUUCUCCACUGAGCCCUCGGCGGGCGCUGCAUCUUCGUCUCCGUCUUCUGCUGCCGCGCAGUCGUCCGCUGCCCCUUCUGCCGCACCUUCUUCGGCAGCUGCGCCCUCUUCUGCUGCUCCACCACCAAGCAGUGCGGCCUCAGCUACGCCCGUCGAAUCAGCGACAAGUGAGGCUCCUGUCUCUUCUGCUGCUCCCCCUUCUGCGUCGUCCACUCCUCUAGUUACCGCUGCGACCUCUUCUGCUUUGACUUCUUCUGCACCGGCAUCUCACACACCAGUCACUUCUGCUCCGAUCUCUGCCCCCCUCUACCCAACUCACGCUGCGAAUGGAACGCUGAGCUCUCAUGUGUCAGGUGUGGCUUCGCCUAGCACCAACGCCACCGCAAGCUCGACUGCUACUCCUCCGGCUGAGGUCUCUACCAACGCUGCUGCUGGUCUCCGUGCCGUGGAUGCUGCUGGUGUCGUCGGUGCCAUCUUUGUUGGUGCUCUCUUCGGCAUGUAAUCCUGGAGAGUCGAUAAUAGAAUGUUAGUCGAAGACGUAGGCUUGGAUAAUACCUUUCAUGUAUAAUAGAUAUUGAUCGACGAUAUGUAGUCACGGGUAAUGGAUUGAACGUUGCAACAGGAUCUUCUCCUGACAUCAAGCU